AGAAAAGGUAAAACAACUAUGCACUUUCAUAGAAAUAGUAUACGAUAUGUUUGUUGUUGUGAAAAUUUAAAGUUGGUUGUUGAAUUAAAUGGCUUCGGCGAGGAAAAAGACGACAGCAACAGUUAGCGAUGAAGUUUAUUGGAACAGCAGUGUUUUGUCUCCGUUUAAUUUCAACGACGAUGAAGAGAAUGAAGAUAGCAUCGAUGUUAUAACAUGGGAUGGAACGAACACUUCUGUUAGCUCCAAGUCACAACCCAAUAUUAAAAGCCAACCAACGGCCUCGGUUCAUGGCACACAGGCUACGGCACCAGUCCAUGGCACGCAUGUCACAUCAGCGCGGUACACACCACGUAAAGCUUACAACUCAACGACAACGAAACUCGACCAACCACGACCAACGCCGGAUACUCGUUCAAUUACGGAUGUUGUAAACGACAAGAAGAACAGCCCAACGACAACGGACAUCGUUAAACUUGAGUCGGAGGUUGCAACUUUGCGGCGACAAUUGACACAAGCAAAACGUGAUCGUGCCGUGGCGCCUUCAAAGUCGGACACUUUACGCAGAAUAAUGGUUGGUGAAGCUUGUUUAUUGGAGUUGUACAAAUCCAAGGAGGAUAAAUGUUCGUUACUCGAUGCUGCCAUUGAGCGUUUUGAUGGGAACGCGAUUGUUGCUGCCACGUUGUUUAUGAGAGACACUUUAAAAAGAGAUUUAUUUAGCAAGGAAUUAAUGCGUCGAGGUGCAGCGGUGGAUCACUACUGCGCUUAUCUACGAGCAGCUGGGGAAGUUGAUGAAUUGCACGAAACAUUGAGCGCUAUCGGGCUCACAGAGGAAGCUGCCGUGUUAAAGUAUCGCCAAUGUUUAACCAAUACGUCGUCAACCACACCUGAGAUUCGUGCAUCAGGUCUCAAGGACUGCAUCAAAUAUUAUUUUGACUCUGACAUCCGGUUGGCAAACGAAACGUCUGCAAUUCAGGAACAAAUCUCGUUAAUGCGACGACAAUCUGUUGUUGAUGAUGGGGACAAAGCAUCACAAGCUAGUGGUCAAGUACCCGUGUUCAAGUCCCACCCAAGAAAGGAAUGCAUCACCCAUAAAUCUGUCGUCACAACUUUGUAUUACUUCUGUUACUACCACUGGGGUGAAGCAGAGGGUUUACUGAGCAGUCCAACUUCAUUGAGGAACGAACACAAAAUCGCGGAAAAACAAUUUGUUUUCACAGCGAUCGCUGCGCUUUGUAAAAUGAGAAGGUGGAGGGAUUUGGAAAACCUUCUUACGACGCCGCGAACGUUGUUCAGGAAUUCUCGGCUUCACGCGAACAUUGGGUUUGAUAAAGUGGUUGACGUGUUGAGCAAGAACCUUGCGCCCCCUGAUGCGUUGGCGAAAUAUUGUGCUGAGGUUGAAAGCGUGGACAAGAGGUUGGAGCUGUCGGUUCGAUUAAAAUGUCACAAAGUUGCGAUUGAUACAAUUAUUCAUCUACGAGAUCGACAACAACUUAUGUCGUAUUUGGAUCAAAUUCCACAAUCCAACCAACAUAUGCGGCAAUAUCUGACCAACAAUGUUAGGUCACAGGAAAUUAAAUGGAGAAACUGAGAAGUGUUCGUGCAAUAAAACUUUAAAAAAAAGAAUUUUAUUCGAAUUUUUUGGGGCGGCUUUUGUAUCCUUGCAUUCAUUCAAUAAAAACGUGAUUGAAUUUCCAAGCAGCA